AUGCCGCCGCCGCCCGACACCGUCAAGGUGGCCAUUGAGUGGCCGGGGGCCUUCCCCAAGCUCAUGGAGAUCGACCAGAAAAAGCCUCUCUCUGCCAUCAUCAAAGAAGUGUGCGAGGGUUGGUCUCUGGGCAACCAUGAAAAUUUUGCACUGCAAAUUGCCGACACCAAUUUCUACAUCACAGAAAAGAAUCGCAAUGAAAUCAAGAAUGGCUCCAUCCUGCGCUUGACCACAUCGCCUCACCAGACGGCGGCGCAGCUCCACGAGCGUAUUCAGUCGUCCAGCAUGGACGCCAAGCUGGAGGCGCUGAAGGACCUGGCCAGCGCGUCGCGGGACAUCACCUUCGCCUUGGAGUUCAUCAGCAUGGACGGCAUCUUGCUGCUCACGCAGAUGGUCGAGAGCGGCACCGAGCGCUAUCAGAAACUCCAGAAGAUUAUGAAACCUUGUUUCGGCGACCUGCUUUCCUUCACGCUCACCGCCUUCGUGGAGCUGAUGGACCACGGCAUCGUCUCCUGGGAUACUUUUUCCGUGGCUUUCAUCAAGAAGAUCGCCAGCUACGUCAACAAGUCGGCCAUGGACACGGCUGUGCUGCAGCGUUCGCUGGCCAUCCUGGAGUCCAUGGUGCUUAAUAGCCAGGAUCUCUACCACAAAGUGGCGCAGGAGAUCACCAUUGGGCAGCUCAUACCGCACCUACAAGGGACGGACCAGGACAUCCAGACGUACACCAUCGCUGUCAUCAACGCGCUCUUCCUGAAAGCGCCCGAGGAAAGAAGACAAUUUGAUGAGCACAUUGUGGACAUCCUAAAUUGUCCCCUGACAGAGAUGGCUCACAUCUUGGCCCAGAAGCAACUGCGCUCCGUCAUCCUCAGCAGCGUCAUCCGAGGCCCCACGCCCAUCAACGACGAGAUGGCGCAUCAGCUCUACGUUCUGCAGGUUCUCACCUUUAAUCUGCUGGAGGACCGCAUGAUGACCAAGAUGGACCCCCAGGACCAGGCUCAGCGUGACAUCAUCUUCGAACUGCGUCGGAUCGCCUUCGACGUGGAGUGCGAGGCCAACAACGGCGGCAGCAUGGAGAAGCGUAAAUCCAUGUACACGCGAGACUACAAGAAGCUGGGCUUCAUCAACCAUGUGAACCCGGCAGUGGAUUUCACCCAGAUUCCUCCCGGAAUGCUGGCACUGGACAACAUGCUGUAUUUCGCCAGGCACCACCAGGAUGCUUACAUCAGGAUUGUCCUGGAGAACAGCAGUCGGGAAGACAAGCACGAAUGUCCGUUUGGCCGCAGCAGUAUCGAACUUACAAAGAUGCUCUGCGAGAUCCUUAAAGUGGGAGAGCUGCCGGGUGAGAACUGCCACGACUUCCAUCCGAUGUUCUUUACGCACGACCGAUCCUUCGAGGAGUUCUUCUGCAUCUGCAUCCAGCUGCUCAACAAGACUUGGAAGGAGAUGAGAGCCACCAGCGAAGACUUCAAUAAGGUCAUGCAGGUGGUUCGGGAGCAGAUCAUGCGAGCCCUGACGCUGAAGCCUAACUCGCUGGACCAGUUCAAGAGUCGCCUGCAGAACCUGAGUUACGCGGAGAUACUCAAGAUACGACAGUCAGAGAGGAUGAAUCAGGAGGACUUCCAGUCCCGCCCCAUCCUGGAGCUGAGGGAGAAGAUCCAGCCGGAGAUAAUGGAGCUGAUCAAACAACAGAGGCUUAAUCGACUGUGUGAAGGAACGUGUUUCAGGAAGAUCAGCAGUCGCAGGAGACAAGACAAAUUCUGGUACUGCCGGCUGUCCCCCAACCACAAGGUCCUGCACUACGGGGAUCUGGAGGAGAGUCCCCAGGGGGAGGUACCCCACGACUCCCUGCAGGACAAACUGCCCGUGGCAGACAUUAAGGCCGUCAUCACAGGAAAAGACUGUCCUCACAUGAAAGAGAAGGGUGCUCUCAAGCAGAACAAGGAGGUGUUGGAGUUAGCCUUCUCAAUCCUUUAUGAGUCGGAUGAGUAUUUAAACUUUAUCGCACCAGACAAGCACGAGUACUGCGUGUGGACCGAUGGUCUGAACGCGCUCCUGGGCAAGGAGAUGACCAGCGACUACACCAAAUCCGACAUGGACACGCUGCUCUCCAUGGAGAUGAAGCUACGCCUACUGGACCUGGAAAACAUCCAGAUCCCUGAAGCGCCGCCCCCUAUUCCCAAAGAGCCCAGCAACUAUGACUUUGUUUACGAUUGUAACUAG